AAAAAUGAUUCAUAUAGGCUUUCUCCGCCAGAUGUCAUUUUGCACUUGAAAUAUACGUUGUGGAAUAAACUUACAUGUAGAUUACGGAGAUACACACAAAUGAUUGGAUGGUCGUAUUUCUGGACAAUUUGCAGUUAUCUAUCAAUUUGUUAGAUCGAGGCUUCGUUCGUUUAACUCGAAACAAUUAUUUUAAUUUCCGGAGAGAAAGAUGUGGGAAAGUUUGGUUUUUAUCCCGUUGCUAGUAGUGACAUUUGUACCGGAAACCUUUCAAGCUUGUACGAGGCCAUCGACAGGUGACAAUGUGGUGCUCAGUGCCGAGUUGGACAGCUACUAUGAUUACUAUUAUCUUGAGAUAUCAUGUGAUGAUGGUUACACACAAUCGGGGGCGUCAUACAGUUACUGUUACCCCAGCACGGGAUGGGAUCCCGACCCGUCACUAGUGGAAUGCCAGGCAUCCUGCUCGUUGCCCAAAGUCGAUUCUGACGUCAUAGUGGAACCAGAGGAGACGACCUACUCGAUUGGCGAGAAGGUCACCUUUUCGUGUACCUCCGGUACCCUAACCGGUUCAUUCGAGGGUACCUGUGGGACUAAUGCUACGUGGAUCAUAGAAACCAACCCAUCAUGUCUAGAUGGUUGCUUGGCCCCCGAAAGCUCGAACGGAACGGGUACAUACGAACACACGAGCACAACGACGUUUGCGUGUGACACAGGCUAUCAGCUAUCCACUGGUGACUUCACAAUAGAAGCAAUUUGUGACGAUGGUUCCUGGAGCCCGGAUGUUGAGUGCACGAGUAGUGGUUGCCUGCCCCCGACAGUGCCGACCAAUGUGAUGUAUGCACCGGAAGAAUCGACGUAUGAUGAAAACUCCAUGAUUGUACUAUCAUGCGAAGGGGAAACCACGCCCUUUGGGCCGGAGUACUCUUACUGUAAUUCAUCAAAAGAAUGGGAACCUAGUCCCCUCCUACUUAAUUGCUAUGAUAAAUGCGAAGUGCCUUCGUUUUCGGACUCGGAUGUGAUCGUGACCUCUGACUUCACGGGUUCAUCUGACGAGUCGUACUACGAUCACACGGAUACGGUAAGGUUCUCUUGUGCAGGGGGUCUCUUCGUGGAUGGGCCUUGGAAGGCAAGCUGCCGGAAUGGGGCGUGGUCAACCAACUUUGGAGGGGAUUCCCCAACGUGUAGGGCCAACUGCACAGCCCCAUCGAAUACGUUGAUUGAUGGGCAAAUGUUUAAGCAUGGUCACGGCGAGGUGAUUGAAUGCGUAGACGAACCAGGAAUGGUCAGGCUAGGAGGUCCCAAGGCUUUCUGCAUCGAUGGAUCUUGGAAACCAAAUGUCCUCUGUAAAUAUAAAACUGAACUCUGAAGACCAAUUCUACGAUGGCAAGAUCAGUUGAAUCAGCCGAGAGUUCCGGCCGAAAUGAGAAUAUAAUAUCACAUAGAUUAACACAUCCAUAUACAAAACCUUGCUCGAUGACUCUAGGACUGCAUGGGUUGUUGAUGGAAACUUACAGCAAAUAUUUAAAAUAAAUGUUUUGGUUGACGGACAGAACAGAAUUCGGUCAUUGUUUACUGCAUAUUCAAUUCUAAAUUUUCUGUCUGACUAAACAUGUUCUUAGAAGCUUACUGUGAUAUUUUGAUUGACGCGAAAUAGAAUGCAAAUUAACCUAAAGAGAAGAAGAAAAAAAAAUCUGUUGCUGGCUUUAAACAAUUCUAACCCUUGUUUGGAUAAACAUAAUUUUAUGCCUGGUGUUUAUAGUAUUACAAAAUCCAAUUUCAAUUUCUUCAUUGAAGCUUACUACAUUUAUAUGUGAUGUUUUCAUUGACGGAAUAAAAUGCAAUUUGACCUAAAAAGAAAGAUAACAAAUCUGCUGAUUGAUUGAUUUUUUUUUAUUCGACAAGCUUCCAACAUACAGCAAUAUACAAUAAUAACAGAUAAAAAAAUAAGUCAGCUUGAACAGGACAGCCCACGAAAGCUCGAGAGCCUAUUUCCAUGGGGGUCCCCACUGAUGCUGAUUUCUUAUACAAUUCUAUUUUUUGAUUGGAUAAACCUAUAGUUUGAUAUGAUAUGUACCUAUAGCGUGAAAUAUUCGAAAGUUAUUUUUUGGAAUUCACUCUUAUACUGUAUAAGAAAAGGAAUUACCAAUACUGUUUUUGUAUGUGCAUUAACUUAUUCGUCUUACCAGCCGAACCAAGUCGCGUUUUCCAAACUAAAUCAUUGAUAUUGUCAUCUUAUCAUUCUGUGUUAUGACCAAUUCCAAGAGUUCCGAAAUGCCAUUCGCAGAUAAUUUCAAUUGAGAAAAAACAAAUAUUGCCGACAGUUUCAUAAAGAUCUACAAAAUAAUUAAUGAUAAUGGUUACUAACUAUAUCACCAUUCAUCAAAUUCACAAAGUAAUGAAUGUUAGAAAGAUUUGUUAUGGAUUUACCAAAAUAUUUGAUACUGUGUAUAUGCCAUUUCGUAUCAACAAUAUAAAAUUCAAUAUUUCAUAAACCCAUGAAUAAUUGAUAUGAAACCCAAAUGUUGUAAAAGUACCUCAUAAUUAUUAGUCAAUAUAUCAUAUAAUUAAUUUGUAGAUUUCGAUUAAAAUGUAUGUAAUAUUCUUUAUUCAAAUUUAAACAUUCUUAGGAAAUGUCAUUCCUUAACGCUUGGAAUUGACUGGCCUUAAAUCGAUUACAAUGAGCCAUGAGUAUUGUAAUAAAUUGUAGAAUUCUCCUA